CGUAUUUUCUUGCACCGAGUAAUGCGGCGUCGCUGGCUUGUGAGGGCGGAGAAUUCUGUGAAGUAGGGGAGGGAUUCAAGUAGGCGUCAGAAGGAACUGUGGCCUGAACUGUACCGUGGGAACUUAAUUCUGGGCACAGCUACUCCCGGACCCGUAGCGAGAGACUCGUGAUACCCUCCUUAAACCAAAUGGAAGAUUGACUUUGAGGAGUAUUCAGAAGUCUCUGAAAACGGAAAACAAUUUUAAAUGUUUAACUUGUAUUUAAGUUAAGGAAAUAACAUCAAUGAACACUAAAAAUCGAUACAAAGAUCUGCUUUGAAAUUUAAAAGCAAUGGAGAUGGCUCAAGAAACAGUCCAAAGAAUUCUUCUAGAACCCUACAAGUACUUGCUUCAAUUACCAGGUAAACAAAUAAGAACCAAGCUUUCACAAGCUUUUAAUCAUUGGCUGAAAGUUCCAGAAGACAAACUACAGGUUAUCAUUGAAGUAACAGAAAUGUUACAUAAUGCCAGUUUACUUAUUGAUGAUAUCGAAGACAACUCUAAACUUCGACGUGGCUUUCCAGUGGCUCAUAGCAUCUAUGGGAUUCCGUCUGUCAUCAAUUCUGCUAAUUAUGUAUAUUUUCUAGGUUUAGAAAAAGUCUUGACCCUUGAUCACCCAGAUGCAGUGAAACUUUUUACUCGCCAACUUUUAGAACUCCAUCAGGGACAAGGCCUAGAUAUAUACUGGAGGGAUAAUUACACUUGUCCCACUGAAGAAGACUAUAAAGCUAUGGUCCUUCAAAAGACUGGUGGACUGUUUGGAUUAGCUGUAGGUCUCAUGCAAUUGUUUUCUGAUUACAAAGAAGAUUUAAAGCCUCUACUUAAUACACUUGGGCUCUUUUUCCAAAUUAGGGAUGACUAUGCUAAUCUACACUCCAACGAAUAUAGUGAAAACAAAAGCUUUUGUGAAGAUCUAACUGAAGGAAAGUUCUCAUUUCCCACUAUUCAUGCUAUUCGGUCAAGGCCUGAGAGCACCCAGGUGCAGAAUAUCUUGCGCCAGAGAACCGAAAAUGUAGAUGUUAAAAAAUACUGUGUACAUUAUCUUGAGAAUGUAGGUUCUUUUGAAUACACUCAGAAUACUCUGAAAGAGCUUGAAUCUAAAGCUUAUAAACAAAUUGAUGCACGAGGUGGGAACCCUGAACUAACAAUGCUAAUAAAACAUUUAAGUAAAAUGUUCAGAGAAAAAAAUGAAUGAUAUUAAGCCAUUUUAAUUAGGCCUGAUAACUUAUUUUUGUUAUUUGUAUUUUAUCUUCUAAAAUAUUUGCUCCAAUAGUGCUUAGUCUCAAAAAAACUAAGUGAAUAAGUAAAGAUGUGAAUCAAGUUUUUCAAUUUAAAACCCUCUGUACAGAUAAUUACCCAGUAUAAACUUGAAAAGAUGGAAAGAAUCCACAUUGAAAUAGGUCUGAAUUGGAUGUCAGAAUGUGCUGCUAGUGGGAUACAGGGAUCUACUCUGUCCUACUACAAUGAAUGUUCUAUUGGUUCUGUCAAUAAAGAAGACUAGCAUCCAGAAA